GGUAAUGGUAGAUAAGGUGAAUGGCUAAAAAUUUAUAAACAUACUGUGAUCUGGCAACACUGUCUUUCUUUUACGUCAAAAACAAGUGUUCGGAAUGGCAGACGCGCCGACAACAGCGCCAAAGGCCAAAGCGCCUAAAACAAAAGCACCAAAAGAGAAAGCUGCAAAGGAUGCUCCAGCGGCGCCAGCGGAAUCCCAAAAAGUCGUACGCAAGGUUUCCAAAGCUCGUCACGGUAGACUGUAUGCUAAGGCCGUGUUCACAGGAUACAAACGUGGUCUCCGAAACCAACAUGAAAAUACUGCACUUCUGAAGAUUGAAGGUGCUCGAUCAAAAGAUGAUGCAUUAUUCUAUGCAGGCAAGAAAUGUGUAUAUGUAUACAGAGCCAAGAAGAGGACACCUAUUGCUGGAGGACCCCGUGGAAUUAAGACCAAGUUGAGGGCCAUCUGGGGCAAGGUGACUCGUCCCCAUGGCAACUCUGGCAGUGUCAGAGCUCGCUUCAAGUCUAACCUUCCUGCUCAGGCAAUGGGACACAGAAUACGAGUGAUGUUGUAUCCAUCAAGGAUUUAAACAGCCUUUAAUUUAAGAAUUAAAAAUAAAACCCAAAAAAAUCUUU